GUCAGCCUGUGCAUCGCGGAAGCAGAGUUGACAGACAAGCGACAAUACAGCAUUUUUUAUGUAGUUUUAAGUUGAUUAAUCUAUUAUUUAGCGAUCUAAACGCACAUCAAAAACUUCUUAAUGACUCUGUAGCGACAGAAGACGUUGUUUUAAGGAUUAAAAGCAUGCAGUGCGCAGUCUCCUCUCCUCAGGACCUCACACAGGCGAGCGGUGACCGGGCCGAACUGACCCAGCUGCCCGCUAAAGACGUGUCCUCCGUAGACAGCAGCUCUGACCCGGGCAGCCCCAGAGCGCUGACCUUUGACCUGCUGAACAUGGUGAUCUCCUUUAAGCGGAUGGCCAUCUUCCUGGAGCCGGUCACCGACUCGCUGGAGGUGCUGCGGUCCCUGCUUGGGUGGAGGAUGCCGCUCUGCUCCCUGCUGAGCUGCGUCCUGCUCAACAUCCUCUUCCUCACGCUGAGCGAAGGUGCGUGGCUCUCUCUGCUGCUGCUGGCCGUCUCUGCUCCGGCCGUGCUGGGCUACCUCGGCAACCGUUGCCAGUGCGCGAGCAGCGAGGUGGCGGUUCAGAAGAAGAAGCACUAUGCGGUGCAGCGGCGAGAUCUGCAGACGGUCCACAUGAGCAAACAGGAGGCCAUGCUGGAGGUCAAGGGCAUGCUGAAACGAAUAGAUGAGCUGCUGGCCCAGGCGUGUGUGUCCGCAGAGUGUGUGUAUAAAGUGUUGUACUGGGAGAGCCACGCCGCCUCCUCCGUGUUUUACGGCUCUCUCCUGACCGUGGUUUGUUUGCUGUACACGGCUCCGGUGGGCUUGAGUCUGUCUGUGCUCAACAGCGCCCUCUUUCUGUGGAACAGAAACUUCUGCAGAGUUCUUUUGGAGCUGAAGGAGUUUGUUCACCCGAGUCGGGUCCAGCCUGCGGAGGAAACUGAACCAUGUGACCCAGAUCAGUCAAACCUGCUGGAACGCACACCCACUCCAACCAGUGUGGAGGAUCUAUCACCCAGCAAUGUUGAAGAGGCAGAGGAAGCAGAACCUGACGAUGAGUUUAAAGAUGCUAUAGAGGAAUCUCAGCUUGUUCUGCCGGAAACUCCUCUGGCGUUAGUGGUGUGGCGCGUAGCCUAUUUUCUACCAAAGAUUGCGAGGAGAUGGAGAACCCGUAAGGACGACGAGGACGUGUCUUCCGGUGUUCCUGAGUUCGACGCAGCGUCCGACAACGGGCUGCUGAGCAGAAACGAGCCCAUCCGCAGUAAAGUGUCCAAACUCACUGAAAAGCUCCGCAAGCGGGUCCCUUCCAACACCAUCGGGAGCUGCUCCCAGUGCAAUUCAGCGUUUUCCGUUUUAAAGAAAAGGAGAAACUGCAGCAACUGUGGCGUGAGCUUCUGUUCCCGCUGUUGCUCGUAUAAAGUGUUCAAGUCCAGCAUGGGAGCCACAGCUCCCGAAGCCCAGAGAGAGACCGUUUUCGUUUGUUUUAUGUGUAACACUUUCCUCACCGCCAAGUAGGAUCGCCCGCCAUCCCGACAUAAUCUUUCGCCGUUACAACGCUUUGAAAGAAACCAGAAGAAGCACAAGAUGGCUGCUCCGGUGGAUCUCGCGCUUGCUUUCUUCGCCGUGGAGCAUUUCACCUAACGGACCAAAAUCCUGCAGCUCAUUUUGCCUCAACACUCUUCCUGAGGUUCAUUGUUUUCUGUUUGUUUGGGGGUUUUUUGUCUGUCCAAAACCCUUGCGUGGACUCCUUUAUGUGGAAACAGCGACUCAUAUCAACAUCACUUAUCAAAGCCUAAUGCCAAUGCUGAUUGGUUUAUUUAUAAAUGACUCUCCUGUGAUUAUCGUAAGAUGUAGUUUCAUCAACCUUAUGACACCUCUCUCCAUAAUGUUAUCUCUUGGUCGGAUAUAUAUCAAGGUCGGUUAAUAUCAAGGGUCCUGUUUAUCUGUUAUUAUAUCACCUCAUCCUAAAGAGGAAAAGAAAAGGCCGUGAAUAUGACGGUUAUUAAUUGAACCGGAUGCCAAAACCAGUGACUCUGGCUCUUUUUGUAUGGCUCCAUACGGUCCUCUGACAUCCAGAUACUGUCAAAUCUGAUUAGAUCAGAGGAAGAAUAUGAGUCGGUCAGGUUUAUGACAGAAUUAAACAAAGUAUUUACAGUUCAGCCUUCUGCUGGCUGCUUAUCUGCUUGAUACCACGAUUACUGGUCAUAUAAUUUAUUGAAGUCGCUUUAAUUUAUAUAUGUAUGUUCGUUGUCGGAGCACCCUCAGAAAUCAUUUACACUAAUCCAAAUAAUAGCAUUAUAUUAUAUCAGCAAAUCUUUCCCAAGCGUACCCCUAUUCACGAAGUUAUUGUAAGAAUGAGCUGUGUUCGUUUCAUUUAUUUGUCUGUGUGUCUUCAAGCCAAGGUUGAAUGUAAAAGCAGUGUUUUAAUGGUUAUUGAGCUCUGUGUGUUAUACUACUGCUGUUUAAAUGUAAAUUUCAAAUCUGUCGGGGAGUUAUCCGUAGUAUAGCACCACCUGUUUCCUUGAUUAAAUCUGCUGUUACAGUAAUAAACAAUUGAAAUAUU